UCAGGUGGAAACUUUGCCCCUUUUUCCAAGAAAAUAAACCGCCAACACUUCAAUAGGAUUUCUCGUAAUCUUCUUCAAUCUUCCUAUCAUCUUCAAGCCCUAGCCCCAAUCUAUCUACAAUGGCUGCAGAGCACCCGGCGCUGAAGGCGAGUUCUGCCGGUGGACUUCUGGCUAUGCUGAAGGAAACUCACCCGACGCUGAAGUUGCACGCUCUCACCCAUCUCAACGCCUUUGUCGACUACUUCUGGCCUGAGGUUGCCGAUUGCAUCCUGCUUAUAAAAAGUUUGUAUGAAGAUGAAGAUUAUGGCCAAAAGGAGCUAGCUGCCUUGUUGCUGCUAUCAAAGGUUUUCCUUUAUUUGGGUGAGCUGAAUGAUUCAUUGUCCUAUGCUCUGGGAGCUGGCCCUCUUUUUGAUGUAUCUGAGGACUCAGACUACGUCCGUGCUCUACUCGCUAAAGCAAUAGACAAAUAUGCAAAGCUGAAGACCAAAGCAGCUGAGAUGAACGAUAAAUCACCGGUGAUUGACCCUAGGAUGGAAGCGAUUGAUGAGAGAAUGAUUGACCCUAGGAUGGAAGCGAUUGUUGAAAGAAUGCUGGAUAAAUGUACAACAGAUGGAAAAUAUCGACAAACGAUAGGGAUGGCAAUUGAAUGUAGAAGAUUGGAUAAGCUUGAGGAAGCAGUUGUAAAAAGUGACAAUGUUCAUUCAACAAUUAACUAUUGCAUAGAUGUCUGCCAUUCCUUUGUCAAACAGCUGGAGUAUCGACGUGGGAUACUCCGCCUUAUGGUCAAAAUAUAUCAGCAGCUGCCAUCUCCUGAUUAUUUGAGCAUGUGUCAGCACCUAAUGUUUCUAGAUGAGCCCGAUGGCGUUGCAACCAUAUUGUAUGAACUCUUAAGAUCAGACAAUGUCGAUGAUGCACUAUUGGCAUUUCAGAUUGCAUUUGAUCUUGUGGAAAAUGAGAAUCCAGCUUUCCUUUUGAAGGUGAGAGAUCUGCUUCCCAGUCCCAAGUCACAGCCUGCAGAGUCUGCUCAGGUGUCGGAGUCAGCUCAGCCAGAUUCUGCUGAAACUGAAAUUGCUCUGACAACGGAGGAUGCUCAAAUAACAGGUGUAUAUCAAGCAGGCACAGUACAUACUGAUCCAGUUGAAGCAGUUUAUGCCGAAGGGUUGCCAAAAAUCAUAGGAAUUCUGGAUGGAGAAACUUCCAUACAGUUGAUGCAGUAUUUCUUGCACAGCCAUAACAAAUCAGAUCUCCUUAUUCUUAAGACAAUAAAGCAGUCUGUUGUGACGAGAAAUAGAGUCUGCCAUACUGCAAUUGUAUAUGCUAAUGCUAUUAUGCAUGCUGGAACAUCUGUUGUGACAUUUCUGAGUGAAAAUAUGGACUGGGUAGCGAAGGCCACACAUUGGGCAAAAUUCAGUACAACCGCAGGACUUGGCGUCAUCUAUCGUGGUCAACUACAACAAGGAAGGUCCCUCAUGGCACCUUACUUGCCGCAGGAUGGGGGUGAUGGUGGCUGUCCAUACUCGCAAAGUGGAGCAUUGUAUGCUCUUGGUUUAAUUCAUGCAAAUCAUGGGAAAGGCGUAACACCCUUUUUGCUGGAAACCCUAAGGCGCACUAAAACAGAGGUCAUUCAGCAUGGUGCCUGCCUGGCUCUUGGUUUGGUAGCAUUAGGCACUACUGAUGAAGAAGUCUAUGAGGAAGUAAAUGAUGUGUUCUAUGCUGACAGUGCCGUUGCUAGUCAGGCUGCUGGUAUUAGUUUGGGUUUAGUGAUGGCUGGAACUGCUACUGAGAUGGCUUGGUUUAUGCUUGCAGAUGCACAUGAAACCCAACAUGAGAAGAUUAUUAGGGGUUUGGCCUUCGGAAUAGCACUUACAGUCUAUGGAAGAGAGGAAGAAGCUGAUAGACUCAUUGAGAAAAUGACUAGUGAUCAAGACCCUGUAUUGCGUUAUGGAGGCAUAUAUGCAUUAGCCUUGGCAUACAGAGGAACAUCAAACAAUAAGGCCAUUCGUAAGUUGCUGCAUUUUUCCGUAUCAGAUGCAAGCGAUGAUGUCAAACGAACUGCUGUUCUUGCCCUUGGAUUUGUAUUGUACUCUGAUCCUGAACAGUGCCCUCGAACUGUCUCCCUGUCAUCGACGUCCUACAAUCCACACAUACGUUAUGGUGCUGCACUGGCGGUUGGGAUUGCUUGUGCAGGUACCGGGCUUUCUGAGGCCAUAUCGUUGCUAGAGCCACUAACAUCGGACGUUGUCGACUUUGUCCGUCAAGGCGCUCUAAUUGCAAUGGCAAUGGUGAUGGUUCAGAUCAGUGAAGCUAGUGACGCUCGUGCUGGUGCUUUCAGGCGACAAUUGAGAGAGAUAAUCAUGAAUGAGCACGAAGAUAACAUGAGCGUGAUGGGUGCUAUAUUAGCUUCAGGGAUUAUAGAUGCUGGAGGACGGAAUGUGACCAUCAAGUUACUUUCAAAGACAAAACAUGAUAGAAUGACUGCCGUUGUUGGUCUUGCUGUUUUCAGUCAAUACUGGUUCUGGCACCCAUUCCUCUAUUUCAUCAGUUUGGCAUUCUCACCGACUGCAUUAAUUGGUGUGAACGAUGACCUGAAUAUACCCAAGUUUAAUUUCCUAUCGCAAGCUAAGCCGUCAUUGUUUGCAUACCCUAAGCCUACUACUGUCCCCAUGAUUGGUAUAACUUCUAAUAUGCACACUGCAAUCUUAUCAACAUCAUUAAGAGACAAAAUCAGUGCUCUUAAGAAAGAGUCCGGGAGGCAGGCCGAGGAAAUGAAAGCUAAGAUGAAGCAGUCCAAGAAGCUGGCCGAUAAGCUGGCAAAGGCAAUCAGGGAUCGUAAUAAAGAGGCCGAGAGAAGCAGGGCUAGGAAGAGUCUGUUCGAGAACAUCAUGGCCGAGAAGGCAGAAACAAGUCCUGUAAAUGGUAAAUCAAUCAACCAGGAUGGGGAUUCUAUGCAGGUUGAUAACAACGCGGAGGAGAAAACAGAACCUGAGCCAUCGUAUGAAGUUUUAACCAACCCUGCAAGGGUAGUGCUUUCUCAAGAGAAAUUCAUCAAAUUUUUCGAUGAUAGCAGAUACACGCCAGUUAAGAAAGCAUCUUCAGGAAUCGUGGUAUUCAAAUAUCUACAACCAGAUGAGCCCGACGAAUUUUCUAUCACUGAUAUGCCCUCGUCAUUGUUUGACAUGUUUGGUGGAUCAGCCCCUCCUGGGCAGCAGGGACCGGCCACAGCCAUGCCUGUCGAUGAAGAGCCUGCACACCCACCACCCUUUGUGUUCAGCUCGUAAUCCAUUAGCGUUGAAGAUAACUUUUUGUGGUUCGUUCCGCGUGUUUCCAUGGAGAAUGUUGAUUUGUUCUAGCUGCUCAGGAGUUGUUCAGUAGUCAAGUGCCAUUCAUCUGCAGAAUCUCAGUCAGUCAAGAGGAGCUAACAAAUUUGGGUUUCUCUCCAUGUAGAUAUCUUAGUUUCACAAAUAUUCUUUGAGGUAUGUUUCGGUACAAAAACAAUAUACACGAUGUUAAAAAAAUGAUGCAAUUUCACUGGCUAGUAAAUAUCCACAAUUUACUCA